AUGCGAAGAUGUUUGUUUAGGCAAUUUAGUGUUGUGGCUAGUUGUGUAAGACAGCAAUCUACCUUGGCCCUUCGCGAUUAUCAACAAGAUGCAAUAAACUCAUGCAUUCAAUCUAUCAAAAAUGGGACAACCAGGAUAGGUGUUUCAUUAGCUACAGGUGGAGGAAAGACUGUUAUUUUUUCGAAUCUGAUUCAGCAAUUGAAGGAAGCCAGUAAUAAACCCGAUUACAAGGCCUUAGUGCUAGUACAUAGGAGAGAACUGGCUCUACAAGCCUCCGGUACCAUCCAAAAGUUCUUCCCACAAGCGCGCGUGCAGUUGGAAAUGGGCAAGUUCCAUUGCUCGAUUGAAGAAUCCGAUAUUGUUAUUGCGUCUAUUCAGUCACUUGUCAGGAGACUCGAUAAGUACAAGAAUAAUAAUAUUGAUUUGAUAAUUGUCGAUGAGGCACACCAUGCUGUAGCGAAUUCUUAUAUCAAGAUCUUGAGUCAUUUUGGGGCCAACACAGCAGGUUCUAAAAUUCCUGUAAUUGGGUUUAGUGCUACAUUUGAAAGGGCAGACAACAAAGCUUUGUCAACUGUUAUAGAUGAAAUCGUAUAUCAUCGUGGGAUCUUAAAAAUGAUUGACGAAAAAUGGUUAUGUGAGGGGAAAUUUACGACAGUAAAUGUUGAUGUAGAUUUAUCCAAGGUGGAAACAUUAUCCUCAAAUGUAGACUUUAAGCUGGACAGUCUAUCUAAGGUAAUGAAUACUGAAGAAGUCAAUAAAAUUGUGUUAAAAUCAUAUUUACAUAAACGUGAAAAAGAUAAUCUACGAUCUACUUUACUAUUUGCUGUAGACAUUGCUCACGUCAAAUCUUUGCAUGAUGUUUUCAUCAAAAAUGGAGUAAAAGCAGAAUAUGUCACCUCUGAUACAAAAGAACAUCAUAGAGAUGCGAUUAUCCAAGAAUUCCGAGAGGGUAAAAUUGAAGUGCUGAUGAACUGUGGUAUAUUUACCGAAGGUACAGAUAUGCCAAAUAUUGAUUGUCUUCUUCUUUGCAGACCAACUAAAUCUAGGUCACUUAUGGUUCAAAUGAUAGGUCGUGGACUGCGCCUUCAUCAUUCAAAGGCAUAUUGCCAUAUCAUUGACUUUGUAGGUGCAUCUAAUGUGGGUAUAAUAUCAAUUCCGACCCUAACAGGAAUAACAAAUUUUGAAGGAGAUUUGGAUGAUGCUACAUUGGAUGAUUUGAACGAGAUAAAAAAAGAGAUGGAACGUAAAAGUCAGCUAUUAUAUGAAAAGAAGAAACUAGAAAUCGAAAAGACUCAAAAAGCUUAUGAAGACUUCAAGAAAUCUCUACAAGCUAUGAAUUCCUUGGAACUAACAUUAACGACCUUUGGAAGUUUCGCUGAAUUCUGCAAAAUUUCUAAGCCUGACGGUGGUACGAGUGAUUAUUCAAAAUCGUCAACGACAGCAAAGGAAGUAAAGUUCAUUUUGAAAUCAGAAUAUCCCUGGGUCAAAUAUUCAACAAAUGCUUGGGCAUUUCCCUUACAUAACGAGAGCCAUUUAAGAUUAUCCAAGGAAAAGGAUGAGAACAAAUCCACAUUCUACACAUUAAAAUUGUGUCGUUUGGUCCCUAAACAUUUACGAUAUGAGAUCCCUGGUAAGUUUAUACCAAGGGAACUCAUAAAAGACGGCGAUCUACUCAAUAUUUCAGGCAAGGUUAAUGAGGUAAUAAAAACUCUCAGUGCCGCUUCUGAAGGUAAAAUAAAGAAUUUUACAAAAUUCACCAGAUGGAGACAGGAACCCGCCACAGUUGGCCAACGAAAAGCUAUUUGUGGUGCAAUGAAGUCAGUAUAUUCUAGUAACCAAGGCAGCUUCAAAAGACUCACGACCUCAGAUAUAAAUCUUUAUGUUGAAAAACUUAGUAAAGGCGAUGCUGCUAAUAUUAUAUUCUCAAUGAGCUUAGCACCUGUUUAUCCUUUAAAGGCAUUACUACGAAUUCUAGAUUACAAGGUCCAAUUGAAAGGCUAA